ACACUAACUGUUUUGUUUUUCAGAUUGUUCGCUUUAAGCAUACUUGCCUUUUCUCGUGUCUGUUUUUUUCUUCUCUCAUUGUAGUGACAGUAUGUCAAGGAUGUGCCGUGCCGCGGUGUGGGUGUUUGUAUCACUCUGUGUUCUUAUCCUCAUUAAGCGAUACCAGGUCUGUGCAAAUCAUGCUGAAGCAGACGAUGAAUCCAUUAUACUAAAUUCUUCUCCCGAGACAAUUCUGACAAAAAGAUCUACAGAUUUCGAUGUAGGCAACCAGAAAACAAAACGCUCGCUAGAGAAUUUCAAGUUAUCACGGGCGAAAUACAAUUUGAAAAAUCGUCUUCCAGAACAAACGAUAAGAAAGAGAUCUAAAGAUAUACAUAGAGGCAACAGGACAAUAGGUCACCUUAAUAUACUUUCUCAUGCCAAGAGUAGAUCUUCAGAUUUAAACAGAGUCAACAAGAAAAUAGGCCUAGAAUGUCACUUAGGUAUACCUUCUCGUGAUAAUAGUAGAUCUACAGAUUUAAACAGAGUCAACAAGAAAAUAGGCCUAGAACGUCACUUAAAUAUAUUUUCUCAUGCCAAGAGUAGAUCUACAGAUUUAAACAGAGUCAACAAGAAAAUAGGCCUAGAACGUCACUUAGAUAUACUUUCUCCUGCCAAGAGUAGAUCUAUAGAUUUAAACAGGGUCAACAAGCCAAUAAAACGUUUCCUCAGUGUUCUUUCUCAUGCAAAGGGUAGAGGUAUGUAUCAUUUGGGUCAGAUCACCGCUGAAGGUAACGACAAACCCGAUCUUCUGAUGUCUUCCCAGAAGCAGACGUCAACUAAAAGAUCGACAGCUUUAAAUGUGACAAGGCUAAACAUACGAAAUGUCAUAUUGACUAUACAGAAUGAUGCCAAACGUAGCGGCGUGCCUGUUUUGGACUCCACCGAAUCACAGACGAUCAGAAAUGGUGACGGCAGACCCAAUUUACAAAGGUCUGCCCCUGAACAUUCACCCAAUAAAAGAUAUGACCCCGUAACGAAUAUAGUGAACGAGAAAAAACUACAUAUACUUUCUGAUGCUAAAGGUAAUGGUAUGUUUGUUGUGGAUUUCAGGGUGUCAGUGGUCAAACCCAGUUUGAAAAUAUACACUCCAGUGCAAAGGACUCCCUAGAAUUAAUUUUAAGAGGUAUGGAUUAAUAGUAACGCCAAGGAAAGAAGCUAUAUUUAGCAACGUUUUGAACACGUCGAGCAUUUUAUUACACUCUUAUACUGUGAGCA